AUGGUGCAAGCCGACCAUGAUGACUACACUAUUGAGGGUCAAAACUUUGGGAUUCGUUCCAACGCCGAGUUUAAUGAAUCUGUUGACAAGAACGAGGACCUUUAUGGUAAUAACUCUUUCAUUAUGAGUAGAGUUCAAUCAAAGGAAGACAUUGAGAAAAACAGCCGCGAAACGGUCGUUGACGGUAACAGUUACGGCGGCGUAAAAUCAACCUGUCGCAAGACGAUGUCACUCCGCUCUCCUUUCUCCGUCUUGCUCUCUCUCUUCAUCCAAGCCCUUACUCUAGCCGUAGCACUCGAUCCUUCGCAGCCGGACGAAUCCACAAUCACCCCAACCCCAAUUCUACAGGAUGUGUUGAAGGAGAUAUCAACGAGGCAGAAGUGGAAUCUGGACGAAAUCAAAUUCUCGAAAUUGGAAGUUAAGAAGCUUCGUACAGGUCCCGGACGGAGCUUCGAGAUCCGGAUCCGAUUAGGUAAGACCCGAUUCGUUUUCAUCUUCCCGGACGAAGUCUCCGAUUGGAGAAGAAUCGGCGGAGGAGGAAAACACGUGGAGUUGACAGAAAUAGUCCGAGAAAUCAACUCGACUAAGAUUCUCGAUCCGAUCGUAUUGAAAGGUCCUCUUGAGCUACGAGUCGCCGGCGAUAACCAUCUCUCCCUUGCCUUGCCGAUGAACAUAUCACACAACGGAAUCAAACGAGUUCUUGUGAGUGAGGGGAUCUCAGUAGAGAUAAGUAAAGCUAAGGAAGUCUCACUAUUCCACUCGUCAAAUCGAAGAUUCGCUGCGACUUUAGAACCUGUAGAUACUAAAGAAGGAAGUUGCUUAUGGUCGAAUCUAGGUGAUGUGUGUGUGCCAUUGCCUCCCAUAGAAAUCAUAGGAGCAGCUUCAUUGGUUGCGUUUAGGACUUCUAAGAGGGAUUCUCAAAUCAAGACUAGUUACUUAUCCGAUGAGACAAUCAUCCAGUUACUUCCGGAGAAAUGUUAUGAUAAAGGUUACAGUUACAAGCAGGAGAAGCUUCCGAGUGAUCUUCUUGGCUUGAAGAUUAGCAAGUUGGGGAAAGUUUUAAGCUCUUUAGCGAGUAAUGGAGAGAAACCGGUGAGCUCUGUGACAGCGAAGUUAAAGGCGUCAGGGAUGGUACGGUUUCAGUUAGAGAUCGAGAGAAGGAUCGGGAGGAAUGAGAGUGUGGUAACGAAGAAGAGAGUAGAGUGGAGAACGAAGCCGAAGAUCGAGCGGGUUUGGUACGAAGUAACGGCGAGAGUGGAAGGGGAGAAGUUGAAAGCGGUAGGGAUGAGGAAAGUGGUGCCUUUCAUUGAAGUGGAUACAGAGGCGUGGAGUAGUUUGAUGUCUAAUAUGUCGUUCACUAAGUUUCCAUCAAUGCUUGUUCCUCAGGAAGCUUUGACACUCGGCGUCAAAUGGUAG